AAACUUGCAAGCUUUGUCGUAUUUCAUCAUCAAUCAAUAGUUUUAGUACUUCUAGUAGAAUUUUCCCUUCAAAAACCAAAUAGAUUUAUUAAAAGAGUUAAUAAUAAAUCAUAACCAAUAUAUUAAUAUAAUGAGCCAGAAACAAUUACCAGAAAAAGCAGCUGAGAUUGAACAGCUGGACCCCAUCAAAUACGGCGACGUUUUCAACGUCCAGGGUGAGUUAGCGUCUAGGCCUAUUGCGCCGAGAGACGCAGCCGCUAUGCAAGCCGCUGAGAACAUGGUUAUAGGGAAAACUCUAAAGGGUGGCUCGGCUGCGGUCAUGGAGUCGGCUGCCGCUCUAAAUGAGCGACUCGGCUUGAGUGGCCAUAACAACGCAUCAAACCUGGGUAGAGAGGAGGGCGUCACCGUCUCUCAAAAAACUCUUCACGGGAGCCGCGUCGUCACUGAAGCCAUUGGUGGUCAGGUGGUGAGGGAGUUGAGUGAGGCAGUGGUGGGAAGCGGAACACCAGGAGCGGUUUUGGAUAAGGACUCGGUUAAUAUAGGCGAAGCCCUUGAGGCGGCUGCACUCUCAAUGGGCGACAAAACUGUUGACCAAAGUGAUGCGUCCGCAAUACAAGCCGCCGAGAUGAGAGCAACUGGGCGUAAUUUAACGCAGCCUGGCGGUAUUGGUGCUCUUGCUCAGUCUGCUGCCACUCAAAACCCAAAAACCACAAAUAAGACAACUAUUUCUGAUAUUCUUAAGGAUGCGAGUGAGAAGCUAGAGAGGGAUAAAUGUGUGACUAGAGAAGAUGCUGAAAGGGUAAUUGAUGCUGAGAUAAGGAAUAAGCCUGAUCUGAACAUCACUCCUACUCCUCCUGGAAUUGGAGCCUCCAUGGCUGCCGCCGCUACCCUCAACCAGAACAAAUGAUCAAUAUACAUAAUAUGUAAGCUAUGUAUAGCAAUAUGAAUGUAAUUAAUUAGUUUGAAAUAUUUUGCAACGUGUAAUAAUUUGUGUGUCCACAUCCAUCCAUUAACUAUGUCGACGGGUUUGUUUAGAGUUUUUGUAUAUAUAAAUUUAAUAUAUAAUUUUAGUGA